AUGGCCGCGCCCUGUGCACUGUUCGCUUCUUGUUCCAGUUUUCAAACGGACGAAUUUAUAAAAAGAAUAUUAAAUAUAUCAGAACUACCACCACAUAUUAAUAUAUGUGAUGAUAUUCAGGCUUACAGCUGGGAUGUCAAUACAAAAUAUUAUACAGCAACUAUACACUUAUGUACUACAGAAAAGCGAACCAUAGGUGAUCAGAAUUUUGCUGAAUCUGUUCAAGCUUUUAUAGUUCAUUUUGAUAAUGAUCAGGAGAAAGGUUUAAAGAAUGUAGAAUCAUGGUUACCGUUUAUAGACCAGCUGGAAGUUGAUAUUAAAUUACUAGUUUGUAAUACAGCUACAGAUACCAAAACUAUUAAGAGGUUAACAAUACAGAACUGGUGUUUAGAUAAUAAUUUUGAAUUGGUAGAGCUCCAACCCGAAGAAACUAGUGAUAGUGAAGAUGAGUUUGCUGAAACAACUGGAAUUAAAAGAAUUAUUCAAGCCCUACAUUCACAUACAUGGUCAAAUUUACAGAUGAAAGAAAAUCCAGAUGUUCGGAGUCCAUAUAUAAAAGAAUUAAUGAGGGAAGAAUCUGAAUCUAAAGCAUUAUCUACAAGUAAUGAAGAAGAUACUGAGAUUGAUAAAGCCAGUGAUACUACUAACACUAAUACUGCCAGUGGAGACAAUGUACAACCAUAUAGUAUGAUAACAGAUAAUGACAGGUCUAUUCUUACUGCUCUUGGGGAUGAUACUCAAGAUGAAGAAAAUUUUGAACAAUUAUUUGAGAAGUUAAAAGUCAUGAAAGAUAAAGCAGAAUCUUUACCACAAAGUGAGAGAAAAGCUUAUGCUGAAAAAGUAGCAAUAUCAUUUUGGAAAGCUAUAGGUGGUGAUGAUGAUGAUAUAGAUGGUUUAACAGACAGUGAUGAUAAUGGAAUUUAGUUUGGACUAGAAUUAUUUAAACCAUUGAUUUAUAAUGAUGACCAUUGCAGGUCACUGAUAGUGCAGUUUGGGCAAUUAGUGACAGAUACAUUAACUGUUCCUGUUCUGUUGCAGUUAUAUCAUGUCAACAAUAUUCAUGAAUACAAUUGAAAAACUGUGAUAUGAUUAGCCAAUUCCAGAAUUCAGUUAAAAGCAUCCUGUAUAUUUGUGUCAAAUGAAUAGCAAUUAAGAUAAAAAUGAUGUAACAUUAACUUAUAUAAUCAAGAUAUAUUUAAUCAUGUUCAUAUUUGUACAAGUUUCAUCAUUGUGUCAAUAAAAAUAUCAGAAUAUUAGUCAGUUUUGUUGAUAUUCAAUUGCCUUCACACUAUGAGUAAAAUCAAAAUUAUGCACAAUGAAAUACUUCUUAACACAUUUCAACUAAUCAAUGGCUCACCUUCAGACAUCUGAGGAUCAAGUAAUAUAUUUUGUUAACAGUGUCUUAUAUAUCAUCUAAAUCAUUUAAUAUCUCUUCUGUUGUUUGUUGUUCAUCCGUUUCCAUGGCAAUAUCUUCGUCACUGUCCUUAGUUUCACAUUCUUGCUCCUUACUUAUAUUGUCAUCUUUAAUAGUUUCUGAUAUUUCUUGGUCUUUAGAAUUUGUUAAUUUGUCAAUGUCCUUUUCUUUCCCAGUGUUGUUGAUUGAAUCCUGUUCACUUGUUGUUUUUGAUUUUGGUUGAGUGUCUGUUGUAGAUCUAAUGGCUUCACUAACAUUUGUUACCAUAUCAACAUCCAUGUCUUUGUUAAUCUUGUAAUCUGAAAUACUGUCUUGUUCACCAGAAUUAUGAACAGAUUCACUAACUGUCAGUUUCUCUAAGAUUUUAUCAUUUGUAGAUUCUGAUUGUGCCAAAGUCUCAACUGAAGAACUUGCAGAAUUGGAAAUAUUUCGAUCCCCUAGUUCACUGACAUCUUCUGGUGCAGAAACAGAUGUACAUGUUUGAGAAUUAUUUGAAUCAUCUACAAC